GCAAGUUUUGCUUCUCUCAAUCUCUCAGCUCUGCCAUGAUACUGGCUCCGAUUUAUUCGAGUCGAUUGGCUAGCCGGUGUAUCCGGAUUUUGGUUCUGCAGCCUGGUUCUGACACUGACCCGAUCCAAAUUGGACUCCAAGAAGCCAGUAUCGACGAUCCCCCGAUUUUCGAGGCCCUGUCAUAUGUCUGGGGAGAUCCGUCACAGCGCCGAGAGGUCGACUGCUCGGGACAACCAGUCUCAAUUACUGAGAACCUUAACGAUGCUCUCCGGCACUUUCGGCGUCCAGACCGAGCAUUGUUGAUAUGGGCAGAUGCCCUAUGCAUCAACCAAGACGACAUGGACGAGAGAGCCGAGCAGGUAAAACUUAUGAGAGAGAUAUAUUCCCGUGCCGACAAGGUGGUGGUCUGGCUAGGCCUCGACGACGAAGGGCGGGCCCCCCGUGCGAUACCUUUGAUUGAGACAAUCCAUCAGGCUUGCGACGAUCACGCACUCGCUAAGAACAUUGAGCUCUUGAAUAUGGCUCACUUUACACCGGCGACAGAGGCGAUGGAAGGACUUGCAGGGGUCUCUGUCGAGAACAUCGCCGCGGUUGGCGUGCGUCUGGGCAAGCCGGAACCAGAGCCAGAAGAUUGGGAAGCACUUGCUUGGCUGCUGUCUCGACCUUGGUUCACCCGAGUUUGGUGCGUGCAAGAGAUCGUUCUCGCCCGUUCAUCCAGAGUUUACGUCGGCUCUGGAUCCUUAGAUUGGGUCAAGUUGGGGGUCACAGCUGCCUGGCUCAGCGAGCAGCAUCUCGCAAACGACUACGAUGUAUCGCCUGAGAUCGAAGGUAUACCGUUUGACAAUGCGCAUGCAAUGUUUGACACAAGCGAUAUACCAGAAUCGACAUUCUUGGAAAUACUCAUUGCUUUUCGGGAUCACCAUGCCACGAACUUGAGGGACAAGGUCUACGGGCUGCUGGGACUCAUGCGCCCAGAAAAUCUCGAGCUUUUCCCUAGCGUAGACUAUCGAAAGAGCGUGGCGGAGGUCUACGCAGAUGUUGUUAUUACUGCUGUCAGAGACAGCGCGUCAUUGGCUUCUUUGUGCUAUGUCCAACAUGGAGUCGAGUACAACCGGACCGAUAUUCCUUCUUGGGUACCAAGAUGGGAUGUAAGUGGUGACGUUUCGACUAUCCUUGAUAGCCGAUCCCUAACAGCCUGGAAAGAGGGCGACAGGCAUGGCCUUCCAGGACUGAAAGAUUUUACGCCAUCAUCGGACGGCAAACUAUCCGUGCCUGGUGUUAGAUUCGACACCGUUGGUUGGUUAACCCGCACUCUCGACGUUCAAGACUUCAGGGAAAGAUCCACGGGAACUGCAGUAUCACCUCACCCAAUGAUAGAUCUAUGGAAUCUUGCGUCUUCAAAAAAGUUGUAUCCAGGGUCUCAAUUUGAAGACUCGCUUAUGUCCGUGUUGAUGAUGGCCCUUACUCUGACUGCUGGGGUUACUGAUGGAUACGAGCGCGUCGAUGAGCUCGAAUCAUCUGACGACCGUGAGCAGUUUCAUGCAGACUAUCUGACAUACAUACACAACUUACUAGAAGUCUCUGGCCUAGAGUCUCCAACUUUCGAGCCUCUGAACAUAGCGUUGAGUGAUGGAAACGCCUCCCGGUUCAGAGUCGCAGCGUCUCGUGCUUGCGACCAGCGACGAGUGUUUGGGACAUCAGGGGGAUUUUAUGGACUAGCGCCAGCCUGUGCAAGAGAAGGAGAUAUUGUCGUAAUGCUAUACGGUGGUCCGGUUCCGUUCGUUCUUAGAGAGGUUGACGACGGAUGGUGGUUAUUGGGCGACUGUUUUAUCGACCCGCUCAUGCCCGAGGCUGCUGACGACAAGAUUAGAGCAAGAUUUGGCGAGGAGGAAGUCUUUGUGCUUGUCUGAGAGCGACUCGAGGCGAACGCAGCAUAAUGUCAAUACAUCGUAGUUCAACGACCUAACAUUAGUACUCAUUUCGG